UUUGCAGAGUUCAGGGGCGGAGAUGGAAGAUCUAUAUUUGUGUUACCAUGUACAGACAAAAAGUAACUGUUUUUGAAAAACUCUUGGCACUGUACAGACUACAGAUUUCCUAAUAUAAAUACAUAGUCACAUAUCUACACCCAUUAUAUCAUAUUUGCCUGACAGUUACAGCUAUGGUCUCAAGAGUACUUCAGAGAUGGCUUGCCAGUAAGGCCCACCUUCAGACUAAGAAGUAUUUGCAGGCAAGUGGCUUGUGGCCAAACAAAAUCCAAGGAUUUCAGAUAUCCAGUGCACAAUAUGAUGAAAGACCACCAAUGAGUCCCAUUCUAACUACCAGUUACGUUCAUGGAGCAUGCCACAUUCCACUUGUAUCCAAAACUACAGGGCAAUGUCUGGAAGAGACAACAAACAGGUUUCCAGAUCGAGAGGCUGUGUUUUUUGUAAAGGAAGGAAUCAGAAAAACAUUUCAGCAGUUGAACAAGGAUGUAAACCAGCUGGCAGCUGGACUGUUAGCCAUUGGUCUGAAGAAGGGGGACCAUCUAGGAAUGUGGGGUCCAAACUCCUAUGAGUGGAUAUUGCUUCAGUUUGCAACAGCCAAGGCUGGAAUAAUAUUGGUCACAGUAAACCCAGCAUACCAGUCCCAAGAACUUGAAUACAUUCUGAAAAAGGCUCAUAUGUUAAAGUUUAUUCUGUCUAAUUGUGAAAGGACGAGGAAUGUUUUGUCUGCAUUUCCUUCCUGUGAUGAAAACUCUGCUUUGUGUAGUUCUGUUUCUUCAAUUUCUCAGGCCACUACUCAUCAUUUAAAGCUGCCAGAACUGAAAGCAGUAAUUGUGCUGGACAGUAAACUACCCGGUACAUUUCAUUUUGAUGAGGUGAUGCAGGCUGGAAGCACGAGUUAUAUGCAGCAGCUUCAAGAGCUACAGAAAACACUGUCCUUUGAUGACCCAGUCUGUGUUCAGUUCACCUCUGGAACUACUGGAAAGCCAAAGGGUGUGAUCCUAACACAUCAUGGCACUGUAAACAAUGCAAGAUUCAUUGGCAUCAGACUUGGGUAUUAUUGGCGAGUUAUGCGAAUCUGUAUCCCAGUUCCCUUGUACCACUGCUUUGGAACAGUAGCUGGAGGAUUGAUGAUGGGUGUCUUUGGAGCUACUCUGAUCUUCUCAUCUCCAACAUUUGAGGGAAAAGCUGCACUGGAAGCCAUCCAUAAAGAAAAGUGUACAAUCAUAUAUGGGACUACAACAAUGUAUAUUGAUAUGCUAUCACAGCCGGACUUCUCAAAGUAUGACCUGUCAAGUUUGGAAACAGGGAUCAUUGGAGCAUCACCAGUACCAAAAGAAAUAUUUAAGAGGAUUAUGACUGAAAUGCAUUGUAAAGAACUUGCAAAUAUUUAUGGAACAACGGAAAACAGCCCUUCUACAUUCAUUAACUUUGCAAAGGAUGAGUUUAGAAGGAAGACUGAAACAGUUGGGUACAUUGCACCUCACACAGAGGCUAAAAUCGUGGACCCCAUUACAGGGCUUAUAGUACCUCUAAACACACCUGGAGAGGUUUUCAUCCGUGGUUACUGUAACAUGUUAGGCUAUUGGGCUGAUCCAGAGAAAACCAAAGAAGCUAUAACUGCUGACCGAUGGUAUAAAACAGGAGAUCUGGGUAUCUUGGAUGAAUUUGGGUACCUUAAAAUUGUGGGUCGCUGUCGUGACAUGGUCAUCCGAGGAGGAGAGAAUAUUUAUCCUGCUGAGAUUGAGCAAUUUCUGCAUACACAUCCCAAGAUCCAAGAGGCACAGGUUGUGGGUGUGAAGGAUGAAAGGAUGGGAGAAGAAGUCUGUGCUUGUCUACGUAUAAAAGAAGGAGAAGUAGUCACAGCUGAUGAGAUAAAAGCAUUCUGCAAAGGCCAGAUAUCCCAUUUUAAAAUCCCUCGAUAUGUAGUGUUUGUGAAGAGCUACCCCAUGACUGCAUCUGGGAAGGUUCAGAAAUACAUUCUGGCAAAAGAAAUGGAGAAACAUCUUGGACUCUGAACAUCAUCAAUAACACCACAAUACUCAUUUAUGAGUUGAAAGAAUCUCUCCUAGCCCAUAUAACGACUUGGAUGGCAUCUGCACAUUUCUGGUCUCAUUCCUUCCACUACCCAUUAUCCUGGUUAUUCUUAUUUCAUUUACUUUGGAUUAAUUGACUUUAUGGACUCUGUAUGCUCUAUGGAUACAGGCAUAUGGAAAACAAUAUAAAGCACUUACAGUUACAGAUUACUUUCUACAUUUAAACAUUCUUAUUGCUUUGCUAGUGUUAGGUAUUGGAAUGCUGUGCAUAUUUCUCCUGAGUGUAUAAUCUGUCAUCCCCACUUAACCAGCAGCUUGGACCUUUUCCUGUUUUAGUACUGCAACAUGACUCGAUUUAAUUUAUACAUUUUCUCAUUCUUUAUGUAUGUAUUGCUUUUAAAAGGUGACAGAUCCAUGUACCAGCUAUUCCCUAUUCCACUUUUACCUAUAUUCCUUCUGAUCUAUCACUCUUUUUUUCAGAUCAAGCCUAUUCAAUUAUAUGCUUUUUUUUGAAAAGUGUUACUGUUAAGAACUACACUGAGCGUUUAGAUGCAUCUAAAACUUUUGGUUGCACCCCCUGGCUGUUUUUACUAACAUGCAUUAUUUUGUACCAUAAUUCUCUUUUUGGUCUUUACCUGCAUUAUUCUAUUUGCCUUUAUCUAGACUGGGUCAGUCAUGUCAAUGUCCUUACAUAUAUCUUUCAAAAUUACACAGGAUAUUUCAAAUACAACCUUACCAGCUGUUUGCAGUACCGGAUAAUCCUAUAUUAUGCAGGUAAUGAGCAACAUAAAGAUCUCUACCUCACAACUCCAUGGUCUCGGGGUCAUUUCUGACCUCUGUUGUCUCACUGUCUGUCUGUGUGAAGUCUGCAUGGUCUUCCACUACCAACUGCUGUACUCUCUUACCUUCUAACCCUCCCUCAGG